AUGCCACGGUCACUGUGGGAUCGCUUCGCUCCCAUCAGCGGUGUCACGUUUUGUGAAACAGAAAUGAUGGCGUCCGUUCGCAGUCGAUCGGCCCCCACGGUUUCCAGACUAGUCCCGGAGGCGGAGGAGGAGGAGGUGGUGGUCCGUUGGGCUCUUCAUUGCAGACGUUUAUCACCGCAGUGGACCCAAGUAGCUGGUUUUCAUUUUUACUUCGCGGAUCCUGGCGUUGUGUUACUCGUCAUCAACAAUUCCGUCUUGUUGGUCCCCCUUCCCAUUGCUUUGGGGCUUAAUUUUGGCGACCAAGGUCGAUGCGUAUCGACAAAAUGGGGAAAAUGUGUGAACUUUCAACUCGACCUUGCCCCCCUUGUCCGCACAGAUUCGGUAUGCCUUUUGGCUGACCGCAUUCGUAGCGGUGGCUUAAAUGGCGUGACUGAAAGAAGCGCAGACUGGACAACUGUCGGCCGCCAACUUUUUCUGGUGGGAGUUCAAUCUCGGUUGAUCGCUGAGAUGUAA